AUGGAUCCAGAAGCUUCUAAGGUCCCAGUAGAUUUGUCUAGUUUUGAAGAUGCGGGGAUCCCAGCAGACGCAUUUGGUAAAGUCCAAGAUAUGUUUAGCAGUGCCGAUUUUCUUUGUCCUCCACAACCUCCUCGUGGUUGUGGAGGAGGAGGACCUUCUCCACCACCACCGCGAAUACCUAAACCAUCACCAGCACCACAUAAAGCACCACAUAAAUCAGGUUCACCACCACUGCCUCCUCCUGUGGAAGUUUCCUUCAAACUUCAACAUUGGAUGAUUUCUAGAAUACCAUUCUACACAUGUGGUUUUAAUUUGUCAAGAAUGGGUGGUAGCAUGUUUGUCAAGAAUGGAUGGUAG